ACCGACUCUCAGACGCGCCGGAAGCGGAAGUUACCAGGAGGUGGGGGAGUUGUUGGGAAAGUGUCGAGCUUAUUUUCGGGCUUCCUGAGUAACGCGGGCUUGUGAAACGGCCGGUCCGUCCCGCACGCCUCAAACGGUUACCGGCCCGGAGCCCUCUCCCGAGCGGUGUGGUACUCGGGGCUCCGACUGUUUCCCCAGGGUCCUUGUGACCCGUUAGUUGCGGGAGUCUCCUGCCCCUUCCCUGGAGUGAGGCCCCGUCCGGCUUCCCGGUGUCCCCGCAGACCCCCGCCAUGGGCAACACGAGCAGCGAGCGGGCCGCGCUGGAGCGGCAGGGCGGCCACAAGACGCCGCGGAGGGACAGCUCCGGGGGCGCCAAGGACGGGGACAGGCCCAAGAUCCUGAUGGACAGCCCCGAGGACGCCGACCUCUUCCACUCCGAGGAAAUCAAGGCUCCAGAGAAGGAAGAAUUCCUGGCUUGGCAGCAUGAUCUGGAAGUGAAUGAUAAAGCCCCUGCCCAGGCUCGGCCAACAGUAUUUCGAUGGACGGGAGGCGGAAAGGAAGUUUACUUAUCCGGGUCCUUCAACAACUGGAGUAAACUUCCUCUCACGAGAAGCCACAAUAACUUUGUAGCCAUCCUGGACCUGCCUGAAGGGGAGCAUCAGUACAAGUUCUUUGUGGAUGGUCAGUGGACACAUGACCCUUCUGAGCCAAUAGUAACCAGCCAGCUUGGCACAGUUAACAACAUCAUUCAAGUGAAGAAAACUGACUUUGAAGUAUUUGAUGCUUUAAUGGUGGAUUCCCAAAAGUGCUCCGAUGUGUCUGAGCUGUCCAGCUCCCCACCAGGACCCUACCAUCAGGAACCCUAUGUCUCAAAACCAGAAGAACGGUUUAAGGCACCACCCAUUCUCCCUCCACAUCUGCUCCAGGUCAUCCUGAACAAGGACACGGGGAUUUCUUGUGAUCCAGCUUUGCUCCCCGAGCCCAACCACGUCAUGUUGAACCACCUUUAUGCACUCUCUAUCAAGGAUGGAGUGAUGGUGCUCAGCGCGACCCACCGGUACAAGAAAAAGUAUGUCACCACCUUGCUAUACAAGCCCAUAUGAAGAGCUGGGAGCCAGCGGUGGGCUCCAGGGAACAGUGUGCAUCACCAGGCUCCACGCGUGCAUGCUUUCCACUAGAGGGAACGGACUGUAAAUUUCUCAUUUCACACUCUUUAUAAGACAUUUCAUCCCCACCGUAGUCCUGCUUGAAGGUUUGUUCCAGGCACGGCAGCUCCCAAAGCGCCUCGGUCUAUAACAGUCCUCUUGGCACCCUGCGGCUGUGAGCCUUGGGGCUCACCGAGGCCGAGGACAGUGAGGGAAAGCAGACGGUCUGCUGCCCCCACACCACAGUGCAUGAGGACAGGUGCAGUUCUGAACUGGUCGUGGAGAUUCUUCUUCAGCCAGAAAUGAACACUAGCCACUCUGCUGGGAAAAUCUAAGAAGCAGGGUCUGAGGCCACGCAAAAUUUCUAAUCAUAUGGGCAUUUUUAAGACCAUCAGUUUGUCCCUGUUGAGGCCUGGCUGUGGAGGCAACAGCAGGUACCUGUCCUCUGAAAUCAAAGCAAUAGAUGGUCGCCUGUUCUCUGCUCCAGGGAGAUAUAAUUUCUGUAGAAAUUAGAACCUGUCUGAUUUCCAGAUGAAGUUGUACAAUUGUUUCUUCUGCUUUUGUGCACUAAGUAUGUUUGUUUUAAACCAGAGGUGGCUGAGUCUCUGGCCUUAGGGCAAUUUUUAAAUCACCCCAACUAGAAUAUAGAUCAUGCGAACUGUAUUCAGCAAUAAUCUGUUCUUAGAACAGACUUUGAAAACUGCUGCCGGAUUUCUCCAUUAAGCUGGAUGAUCCUAUGGACUGACCACUGUUAGCUGGAAGGUUGUCCAGCUUUUUACUCUAAUCGCAAUGAGGGGACAGUAUUACCAUGAAAACUUGGGAGGAGCACCCUACCCUAUGCCAACUUGCUCAGGACCUCUGUCUUUACUUAGCGACGAAGGCUGUAGCAGUUGCUGUCGUUUAUUCUGGGAGGAACUUAGAACUUGACAGCAGCCUUCUAAAUUCAUGUCGAGAAGACAUUCUUUGGACCAAAGCAAACCUCUUCACACUCGGCGUGGUUUCCGGGGAGAUGCUGCAGACGUGCCCAUUAGUGCAGGUUCCUGUCCUCAAGUCAGCAGAAGCUAUGGUUCUGCCCUGUGUUCUUGCUGGGAGACGGAGGAACAAGCUCCCUGGUUGCCAGUAUUUAUUUGGUAAACCUGAGUCUGGGAUACCCUUUUUUGUUGUUACUGCUUUCCAAACACUGAAUUAUUGUCACCUUGACGUACAGGUUUCAAUAAAGCUUUGUAAAGAUAACGGGACGCAGGCUUGGAGGAAGCUUUGAUUUUACUCAGUCAUUUGGAGAAAAGACUGGAACGCUUCCGAGGUUUACUCGGUGAGGUGCUUUUCAAUCUUUGUCACGUCUUGCACUCAUUGAAAAUGGUACCAUCCUCGUGGUACUCUGGGGUGAGUGACAGGGUGGCUCUGGCUGCCCCCAGGACUGAGGACCAUUCCCUUGACCUACGGGUUUUGCACGCAGAAUUUGGAAGGCUGUUAAGCCUGUAAAACUGAGUUCCUUUGAGCCACUCAGUUUUGAGGGGAGACUGAGGAGAGGCAACAGUGAAGGUUCCCAGUUUGAGCAGGUUGAUGGCAUCUCCAGGUCAAAGGUCUUGCCACCUCUUGCUUAUCAGUGAGCACCACCACAGGAGCCUGGGAUCUGGACACCCUUGGAAGACGCCAGGACAUUCUGGAAUCAGCGUUCUCAUCAGCUAAAAGGAGCUCUGUUUGCUCUGCCAAACAAGAUGGAAGAUUACAGAUGACAUUGUAAUAAGCCUUUCCUUCCCAAGUGCCAGGAAGUAUUUAAAUAAAUGUAUGAGAAAAGGGAA